AUGGCGCGGCCACGGGAGGUGAACCCGCAUAUUGCAGAGUUUGCGGUGUUGCAGCACAAGCCUGGGAAGGAAAGGGCGCUGGAGAUGCUACAGGACAUUGCGCGACGGGUAUCCUACUUGAUGCGGGAAGAAGGCUUCCGGGUGGGCCAACUGGCCGAAUUCUACCCCCGGGAGCGGCGCCUGCUGGGGCUGAAUGUGAAUCAGGGGGCCAGGAUCCUGUUGCGGCUGCGGGAGCCGGGCGAUGAGCAGCAGUUUCUAUCACGGGAGACUAUUCUGGCAGUUAUGCUGCACGAGCUCACGCACAACGUCUUUGGGCCGCACGACGCUCGGUUCAGGCGGAAGCUGGAUGAGCUAGUGGGGCGGCAGUGGGUGCUGGACCAACGGGGCAUCGUGGACAGCUUCCUGGGGCGUGGAAGACGCCUCGGCGGGCGCGGGCGGCGCCUCGAAGGCCGUGGGCGGCGCCUCGGCGGCCGGAGCGCCGGUGUGGCAGCGCGCGAGCUGGCCGGGCUGGCAGCCGCGCGCCGCAUGGCAGCGAUAGCGGCGACUGCGCAGUGCUGCGGGCAAGGUGGCGGGACGGCGCCUCCCCGCGACGGGGACCUGGACGUGGUGGUCAUAGACGAGGAGCCCUGCGUCGUCCGCACACCUGUGGUCAUAGACCUGACAAAUGAGGACUAA